AUGGAUCCAUCUAGUCACCUUCGAACACCAUCACAAACGUCUCUUUCCUCACUUUCAAAUUCUCCAAAACUUCAUUUUCUCAUUCCAAUACUUCCUGUACUAACAAUUUUUGGUCCCGGAUUUCAAUCUAUAUCAACCUUUACAUUUUUAUGUAUAGGUUUUAUGUUUGCUUAUAUGAAUAUGUUGGGAUCUGUCGGUUUAAAAGGUUAUCCGGGAAUAAUAUUCUCUAUCGGUUUAUUGGUGAAUCUGAUUAUGCUUAUAAGUUUGAUUUUAGACAAAAUUUCUCAACAUAUGUUUAGUAUUGUUGGGUGGGCAAGAGUUUUAACAUUCCCUUGUGUUUGGACGGAUGAAAUUUUGCAAUUCGCUUCAUUUGCCGGUUUAGGCGGCAUAAAUUUUGUCCUAGCUUGGGGUGGCCCUAUAGGUUGUGACGUACUCACUAAUUGGCUUCUAACUAAUACAAAAAAAUCAUUAAAUAUUCAAGAUACUGGUCCGUUGAUAGUCGAUCAAGAUUUGGAAGACCAUAGCACUGACACAAUUUUACCCAUCAACAAUAGUCAUCGUAAACGUCAUUUAAUUAAAUUUUCUAUACCUCCAAUUUUUACUUCCCUUUUUGUAUAUUUAGUCGUGUUAUUUUUAGUCAUCACUUAUGGUUCUAUUAGACUUUCAACUGGAUACGUACCAUUUUAUCAGCAAAGUAUUAAUGAUUUCGCUCCUUCCUCGUUAAUAAUGAUGGGUUGCGUAAUUCGUCAAAAUUCUUCGACUAAUUCCGAUUAUAUUGAAACAACUCGUGAAUUAGCUGCAAACGGCAGCAAAAUAGUGUUAUGGUCAGAAGGCUCUGGAAAUAUAACUGAUACCACCCAAUUAAAUGACCUUUUAAUCUCACUCACAAAUAUUUCUCAAACUUAUAAUACAUAUAUAGGUGUUGCGUAUAUCGACUUUCGUCCUGAACUACCUCAUUAUAAUAAAUUAGCAGUUAUUUCUCCAUCAGGUGACAUAAUAAUAGAUUAUGCAAAAUCACAUUUAGUUCCACUUCUAGAGAGUAGUGUAUUUAAGCGAGGUGCAAAUGUGUUGCAAACUAAUGUAACGAAAGAAUUUGGUGUUAUUGGUGCGGCAAUUUGUUUUGAUUAUGAUUUUUCAUCGUUAAUUAAACAAGCUUCUAGUAAAGAUGUGAAUUUAAUGUUGGAUGCAAGUAAUACUUGGGGUAAAAUGUCUUCAUCAAAUUUCAUUUAUUCUCAAUAUAUUUUAAAAAUAAUUUAUUUAUCUUUUCCCUUAAAUUUUCACAUACUAUUAUAUAUAGGUCCCGUAGGAAUUCUUCAUGCUCGUAUGAAUGCUAUCCGAUCAAUAGAAAAUGGUUUCACUAUGUUAAGAUGUAACGCAAAUGGAAUAUCCGGUGUUUGGGGACCAUACGGGCAGCUUUAUCAUUAUGUACCAACUACAAUUACAAAUACUAAAUUUGCCAUAUUUCAAGUACCAUUGUAUCCAAGGGUUAAAACUGUUUAUGGUAUAUUUGGUGAAACUUUUGGAUGGAUGUGUGUUGCUAUAAGUGGUGCGAUAACAAUUGCUAUGAUAAUAGAGUGGAAAGGAAGUGCGGAAUGUAAAGCAAUUAUUUUGAGGUGGUUUUGA